GUCGCCAAUGGUCGAACUUUUGGAGGUCAUCUCACCAACAAUGCCACCGCUGCACACAAUCAGCCAGACGCGGCGUCCCCUGUAGGGGCCAAUCCUCAGGCACCUGUUUUCGUACCUGGGCGACCAUAUCAACAGCCGCCUGGAUCAAAUGCUCCUCACUCCCACUCCAAUACCCCGAGGCAAAAACGCCGGAUGUCAAGAUCAUCCGCUCCUGACAUCAGCACCAGAAUUCGUGAGGAUAUUGAUCGUCACCUCUACGAAUGUUCCAUUUGCAUGAACGAAGUGCAUCGGAAUUCCAAAAUUUGGUCGUGCAGGACGUGUUGGAGCGUCUUCCAUUUUGGAUGUGUCAAAAAGUGGUCGUCAGGCCAGUGGAAUCAGCCACCGGUGCUGCAAAACGGUGAAGAGCCACCACGGCAUUGGAGGUGUCCUGGAUGCAAUCUACCGAAGGACACGCUCCCGACGACCUUCAACUGCUGGUGCGACAAAGAGACAGAUCCUCAGUCAAUCCCCGGCCUCCCACCUUUCUCAUGUGGUCAGACGUGUGCCAAACCACGAGUCCGGAAAUGUCCUCACCCUUGCGAGACUAUAUGUCACCCAGGCCCGUGUACACCUUGUACGAAUAUGGGGACGGAGCAGUCUUGUUUCUGUGGAAGAGAAUCCGCUACACGAAGAUGCGUUGAUACCGACUAUGAGGGCGGCUGGAGUUGUCAAGCGGUUUGUGGGGAACUGAUGGCGUGUGGCGAGCAUACCUGUCCAAGGCCAUGUCAUCCCGGUCUCUGCGGACCAUGUCAGACGGUCAUCGAUACAUUAUGCUAUUGCGGCAAAGACAGCAAGACCAUGGUCUGCUCCGAUCAAGACGAGCGGAAAGAAACCUUUGUUUCUACCGAGAAUGGCGGACGAGAGCCUUGCAUCGGUUGCUUCCAUUGUGGCAGUGAGUGUGAACGCUUGUUCGAUUGCGGAGUGCAUUCGUGUUCGAAAGGUUGCCACACGCAGGAUGAACAUGCGGCACAUUGCCCCAAGUCACCGGAUAUCAUCACCCACUGUCCCUGUGGGAAGACGAAACUCAUGACCAUCUUAGACUCGCCUCGCACUUCAUGUACCGAUCCGAUUCCAUUCUGCGGGCAGCGCUGUUCGCAACCCCUUCCUUGCGGGCACGUCUGCAAACAAUCGUGUCACGAGGGUCCAUGCCGGCCUUGCACUGAAACCAUUCAGAUAUCUUGUCGAUGUGGGCGAACAACGUCGAAAUCGAUAUGCCAUCAAGGAACCGAGGAGAAGCCACAGUGUCUGCGGGUUUGCCGAGCCACACUCAGUUGCGGAAGACAUACCUGCGCGGAAAGGUGUUGUGAGGGAGAAAAGGCAGCGGCCGAGCGAAUGAGCCAAAAGCGGAAACUGAAGCCAUUGAGUCAGGCUUCCAGUGUGCGUGACGCCAACGCCGUGGAAGAGGAGCACAUCUGUACCCUGGUUUGCGGCCGGAUGUUACGCUGCGGAAACCACAGCUGUACGCAGCUCUGCCAUUCCGGACCAUGCCCUUCGUGUCCAGAAGCCAUAUUCGAGGAGGUUUCAUGCGCCUGCGGUCGAACGGUCCUUCAGCCUCCAUUGCCUUGUGGGACACAACCGCCGCCGUGUCAUUUCGAUUGCGAGCGUCCAAAAUCAUGCGGGCAUCCGCAAGUGUCCCACCGUUGCCACCUCGACGCCGAACCCUGCCCCAAAUGCCCGUUUCUCAUGAAGAAGCGCUGUCUCUGCGCUCGCAACGAGCUUAACAACCAACCCUGUUGGUUUCAAGAAGUUCGAUGCGGCGAGAUUUGCGGGCAGAAGCUCCGAUGCGGGUUCCACCGUUGUCGGAAACAGUGUCACCGCCCUGGGGAAUGCGAAACUGUCUGCGAUCAACCGUGCGGGAAGGAGAGGUCGAGUUGUGGGCAUUCGGAUCUCGCACGGUGUCAUGCCCCCGGGCCUUGCGAUGAAGGCAAGCCGUGCCCGCACAAAAUCUUCAUCACUUGUCCAUGCCAACGAGUCAAGCAAGAGACCAAGUGCUUGUCCACCAAGUCGAGCGUCGGAAACCGGGAAAAAGCUUUACAAUGCAACGAUGAGUGUUUACGGCUCGAACGGAACCGAAAGCUGGCGCUUGCAUUGAAUGUCGAUCCCGACCAUGAGGACGACCACGUUCCAUAUGCUACCCAAACCCUCAACUUUUAUGCGGAGUCGCCCGUGUGGGCACAGGAGCAGGAGCAGAAGUUCCGGAUUUUUGCCGCCGAUCCGGACCUGCGACGACUUCGGUUCUCGCCGAUGAAGUCGCAUCAGCGAGCAUUCCUACACCAUCUUGCUGAGGAUUUCUCUCUUGACUCGGAAAGUCUGGACCCCGAACCGCAUCGUCACGUCGUGGUGUUCAAAACGCCCCGGUUCGUCUCUUCUCACAUGAAGACCAUCGCCGAGGCCAACCACACCCGAAAUAAGCAACGCACUACUCUGGUAUCCGCCGUUCCAGCUACUGCUGCAAGACAAGCGGUUGCUGAGACCUACAAUGCGUUCCUCAUCACUGAUGCGACGUUUGGCCUGACCGCCGAUGCCAUACAAGCUGCCAUGAAGCCACUUGAGAAAAGUCACCCCCAGGUCAAGUUCGAUAUCGAUUUCUUACCUAACGAGAAUGUGGUCAUUCGGCCGGCAACCCAACAACCAUCAUGGGUUGCGAUGAAGGGCGUGGAUGCCGUUAUCCAGAUGGUCAAGGCUCCCUUACAAGACAUCAUUCGCUCCAAUGCCAUUGGGAAAAUCCAACUUUGUCGCGUUGACGAAUCGCUACGCAUCAUGGUUAAGGAGAGCGAGGUGACGAGCCCGGGUGGAUGGAGUCAAGUGGCUGCCAAAGCAUCUGCUCCACAGCGGGUGCUCCAGGCCAAACGUUUUAGCGACAAGAAUGCGUUUACGGUCCUGCGAGCUGGACUGGGCAAGUCCUCGGCUAAGAAGGUGGUGAAGAAGGAAGAGGUCAUCGAUGAUUGGGAGGAUGCAGAGGAAGAGGAGGAAGCA